CCGGACAGGGCUGACUUCCGGGGCAGAUGCGGAAGUGCAAGGAGGCCCCGGGAGCCGGGUUCGCUUGCCAGACUUCGGGCCCUGCUGUGCGCCUCGGGAACGUUCUGGAGAGGUUGAUUCGUAGAGGCCGCUUCUGUCAGCCCAGACCAGACGAAGCCGGCGCGGGGGGCCUCUCCCCGGCCUAGGAGCCGAUGCCUGCCGCGCCCUGGAGCCCCCGUAGCGGGGCCGGACCAUGAGCCUGCUGGGCGGCCUGGCCUCCUCGCCGCGGACCGCGCUGCAGUCCAGCAAGGCCAGGAUGAAAAAGCUCCCGAAGAAGAGCCAGAACGAGAAGUACCGGCUCAAAUACCUGCGGCUGCGCAAAGCGGCCAAAGCCACGGUGUUUGAAAAUGCUGCUAUUUGUGAUGAAAUUGCUCGUCUUGAGGAAAAAUUUCUUAAAGCAAAAGAAGAAAGACGGUACUUGCUGAAGAAGCUCCUGCAGCUCCAGGCUCUCACGGAAGGGGAGCUACCAGCUGCCGCGCCUCCCCACAGCUCCAGUUUGCCCCUGCCUUACGGUGUGGCCAGCUCUGUGGGAACUAUACAGGGAGCUGGGCCCGUUUCUGGGCCUAGCACUGGGGCUGAGGAAUCAUUUGGGAAGAAAUCCAAGAAGGAGAAAAAAGAAAAAGGCAAAGAGAACAACAAACUGGAAGUUGUGAAGAAAACAUGCAAGAAAAAGAAAAUGGAGGGAGGUGCUCGCAAGCUGGUUCAGCCCAUUGCCCUGGAUCCCUCAGGACGGCCUGUGUUCCCCAUCGGACUGGGGGGUCUAACAGUAUAUAGCCUGGGGGAGAUCAUCACCGACCGACCUGGCUUCCAUGACGAGAGCGCCAUCUACCCUGUGGGCUACUGCAGUACUCGGACCUACGCCAGCAUGAAGUGUCCAGACCAGGAGUGUCUGUACACCUGUCAGAUCAAGGACGGUGGCUCGCAGCCUCAGUUUGAAAUUGUUCCCGAAGACGACCCCCAGGAUGCCGUUGUCGGCUCUUCUGCAGACGCCUGCCACGCAGACCUGCUCAGGACCAUAAGUGCUGCUCUGGGGAGGCCAGUGCCCAACCUGUUUCCAUCUGGAGCUGACUUUUUUGGGUUUUCUCAUCCAACUAUCCACAACCUGAUCCAGAGUUGUCCGGGAGCUCGAAAAUGCGUCAAUUACCAGUGGGUGAAGUUUGACGUGUGCAAACCUGGGGACGGGCCACCGCCCAAAGGACAGCUGGAGAACGACGCAGCUACGAGCUUUGAAGCCUUUCAGAGACACACCUUCGAUGAAGAUCACAGUGAUCCCAUUCUGCAAGGAUCCUUGGACCUCCCGGAGCUUCAGCCUGCAGCCUUUGUGUCUUCUUACCAACCCAUGUUCUUGACACACGAACCCUUGGUAGAUGCUCAGCUGCAGCACUUGAAGUCUCCUUCGCAGCGUAGCCCAACUCAGUCUUCAGACUGAACAAGAAGGGAUCCGAUACCACCUCAUUUUCACCAUGAUGAAUGGUUUAACUUAGACUAAAGUUUAAGACCAUAUAGAAGAAGGCAGCAACUCGGGGGUGAAGAAGAUAGUAAAUUAACGCAUUUUGUCAUGGAAGUUCCCAUGGUGACAGCUUUCCUGGGAAAAACUUCAGCUGCUUUAUUUUUAGUAAUAAAUUUCUGUUGACAGUUCUGCUUAUUUUCAUCGUGUUGUAAUCAGGAUAUAACCUUUCUGCUUAGCUCUGCCUGCGGUAAAGUCCUUCAUAAACCCGAGUGAGAGACGGCUGCUGACGCACGAGGAAGGUAGUUAAGAUUCUGACAGCCUUCUACCCUUGGUUCUCAUCCUCGUUCAAGGAGUGUUAGGUCCCCACCCCUGCAACCAGCUGCUGCUUUAUGUCCUUAUCAGUAUCAUCAAAAUCAAGUCCUGCUUAUCCUGAAGCUGGAAGGUCCAGUCCAAGGCCCACUGUUCAUCUUUUUCACAUUUGCAGAUUCUUCAAGGGGAUCAGAAAAUCCUCUGUAACCCUUUCUACCUCCCUUUUGUGGUUUCUUAUUGGAGAAUGCGCUUUUAGCUAAAUAUGUUGAAAGCACAUAGUAACAGCUUUAGAUAGAACAUGACUGGGGAUUGGUUCCCACCCACCAUAACAGACCCCGUCAGCUCAUUAAUCGUGUAGUAACGUGACUGCAUUCUGGAUAACUGGAUUUUUUGGACCCUACUUACUGCAUAAAGGUAGACACUUACCACAUCCCUAACCCCAACCCACAGCUCCACGUACCUUGUGGGAUGCCUUUGCUGCCCAUCCCACCAGGUAGCAGGGCUGGUAUAACGGGAAGGAACCAAAGGGCCCCAGAAGCAGAAGGGAUGGGGAGGGAGUGGUGAGAACUGGGCUGUCACUGCUGCGACUGCAUGACUGCUGACUGGGGAGAAAACAAAUGGGACUAGCAGUCCACAGGAACAGACUUAGACAGCAGAGGGAGGGAACCAGACAGCAGCACUUAGAGGACAUCACACUGGCCACGGUGAGGAAUCAGAAACUGAAGUGACUAAUGUUAGUUUUAUGACUCUUAAUGUAGUCUUCAAGGUACAUAGCUUUUAUAGUGCAAAAGAAUAAAAUGUGG